GGCCAAACAGCUAAGUUGAGUUUUUCAUCAGUUGGUUGGACUAAUGCAAAGGUCCUCAGCAGAGACCAAAGCACGGUCAGUGUGUGUGUGUGUGUGUGUGUCGCUGCCACUGACUGCUGUGUGAAUUGGCACUGAGGUCAGGCUGCUGUUCCUGCAGUCCACUGUGAAAAUGGAGCCUGUUCGUGCUGCCUGUGCCUUGUUAAGCCUAGCACCCCUGUUGGUGCUUGGUGUUCCUCCCAUAUGGACUCAGCCAGAGCAGGUGCACCUCUCUUAUCCAGGAGAGCCAGGUUCUAUGGUGGUGACCUGGACCACCUUCAACAAGACAGACAGCAAGGUGGAGUAUGGCCUUCUGGGCGGUCGGCUCUUUGACAUGACUGCCAAAGGUGAUGCAACUUUGUUUGUGGACUCAGGAGAGGAGAAGAGGAAGAUGUACAUCCACAGAGUCACUCUCACAGACCUCAAACCUGCUGCUACUUAUGUCUACCACUGUGGGAGCGAUGACGGCUGGAGCGAUGUGUUUUCCUUCACUGCUCUGAAUGACAGCACAAGCUUUAGCCCCAGGUUUGCUCUGUAUGGUGACCUGGGCAACGAGAACCCUCAGUCUCUAGCUCGACUGCAAAAAGAGACACAGCUUGGCAUGUACGAUGUCAUCCUGCACAUAGGGGACUUUGCCUACGAUAUGGAUGAGGACAACGCCAGGAUCGGAGACGAGUUCAUGAGGCAGAUCCAGUCCAUAGCGGCUUACGUGCCCUAUAUGACGUGUCCAGGCAACCACGAAGCUACGUAUAACUUCUCCAACUACAGGAAUCGCUUCAGCAUGCCGGGACAGACUGAGAGCCUUUGGUACAGCUGGAACCUGGGGUCAGCUCACAUCAUCUCCCUCUCCACCGAGGUUUAUUUCUAUCUUGAAUUCGGCCAGGAGCUCCUCUUCAGGCAGUAUGAGUGGCUGAAGAAAGACCUGGAGGAGGCAAACAAGCCAGAGAACCGAGCAGUGCGUCCAUGGAUCAUCACCAUGGGACACAGACCAAUGUACUGCUCCGACGACGACCAGGACGACUGCACUAUGUUCGACUCCCACGUCCGACUGGGACUGAAUGACACCACACCGCCAGCCCCGGGUCUAGAGGAUCUAUUUUACCGCUAUGGAGUGGAUGUGGAGCUGUGGGCACAUGAGCACACAUACGAGAGGCUGUGGCCUGUCUACGGUGACAAGGUGCACAAUGGCAGCAAAGAGCAACCUUAUGUGAACCCUAAAGCUCCAGUUCACAUCAUCACAGGCUCUGCUGGCUGCCGAGAGAGGACAGACAGGUUCAAUCCAAAUCCCAAAGAGUGGAGCGCUUUCCGCAGCACAGACUACGGCUACACACGCAUGCAAGUGGCCAACGCCACCCACCUUUACUUGGAGCAGGUCUCCGACGACCAGUAUGGGAAGGUGAUCGACAGCAUAUGGGUGGUGAAGGAAGAGCACGGCUUCUCUGCCUGGUUCUGAAGACUGCCGUGCUCAAACAAAACUGUCUGCUCAGGAAAUGCACUUUGAACUUAAAGGAGAUUUAUAUGAUAUUCAGAGUGUAUCUAUGACGGUUGUUUGCACGUAGCUUUUAGCCUUAAGCUAGCAGCUAACAGUGCUGACAGUGGUAACAGUGUUAACAGGAGGGUGGGUGCUACACUUCCAGGAGCUUGAAUUACAACAAACAUGGAGGUGGCAUGACUUCAGUGUGUGCUCAGAACACCAUCACUCCGCUAUAUCUUUACAUAAUAGUUGUUUGCUGCCAUAUAAAUGCUCUGAAUAUUGUAAAAGGCUCCUUUAAAACAAGCACAUCUUUACACAGCGUGACACCAAUUAUGCACUGAUGAUAAAAGUUUUCAUAUCUGGUCAUUCAGCUUUUCAAAUGCUAAGUGAAUCCUUUAAUUUCAGAAAAUUCCACUGUCUUUUAUCCACUAAUGAUCAUCUGAUGUAAAUGUAUAUAAUGUAACAUACCUUUGAAUAAAUUCUGCUUUUUUCAUGGA